GCCACGUAUGGAUAUUCUAUGACUAUGCCAGCCUCUACCAGUUUCCGCGAAAGACCAACAAGCAGAUGCAGUCGUUCAAUCGUGCGUUGAGUCACAUGCAUUUGCUGUAUGCCCACGACUGGGUCAAUGUUGAGAUUAUAAGCAAGCUGACCGAUCAGGCCUCGCUGUCGCGAGCCACACAGCCUUAAACACUCCACUAUCAUGUCCAAAAGUGCUGCCAGCCACUCCAGCGGUUUUGGACUUGGUCAUAUUUUAUCAUAUUUUGACUUUGCCACAUGAGGCGGUCAAAGAGAAGAUGGAGAGGGACAACAGUCAUAUUGAAGUGUACAACGUCAAGAUUGGUGCGGUUGGUCCAGUUCCAAUUGCAGAGCUGACGUUCAACGAUGUUCCUUAUCUCGAGCGUGGUUGGUGCAUAGCAGAGAUGCAGUGGGCAAGCACCCGCGAAGGUGAAGAUCAUGCCGUGCCAGAACCACCUGAGCAGUUUGCAAAAAGACUUUGCCAGUUGAAGUUCACUCAUCGAUCAGACGCAAGCGCAGUGCAAGAGCUCCAAGAGAAGGUUUUCCGAGAAAAGACAGGAAGGACUACCAAGCUACGCUUCGACAAGCUGCCGCCCGAACAAGUCCAUAUUUUAUGCUCCGCGUUGCAGCACUAUCCUAAACUGGAGAUGAUAACAAUUUCCAGGACGAAGCUUCAACCAACUGGAGUAGCGGCUGUUUUGAGAUGCCGAGCAGUGUUAGCAGUUCUUGUGAACUGCGACCUGCGCGAUGAAGAGGCAGCGGCAAUGCAGGACAUCUUGGAGAACGAAGCUACUGCAGUGAAGCAACUUGAGGUAGGCCGAAAUGACAACAUGUCAUUGAAUGCUUCCAAAUCCUUGACUCUUGCUGCACUGAAAAAGAAUGUGAAGCUCCUCUUGGAAACGGAAGCCCAGGACAGGGAACUUGGAAGGAAGAUCGGGAAGUCUAUUGAAAGCAUCCAGGACUGGACUUGAUUACGGUCCGCAUUGAUGGGCAGUCUGCAGAUGAAGCCCGCGACAUCUUGGCUUCGACUCUUUCGCAAGAAGUGCCGGUCUGUAGCAUUGCGCAUGGGGUGUUGAAAUGGGAUAUGUUGGGACUACCCCAUGACAGGCUACACUUGACACUGGGUGGCAAUGACAACGAUAACAGCACAUCAGGCUUGUGAAGAGCUGUUGUGAGCUGUAGGAAAUGGCCCAAAUUGGGGCCGCUUUUCUCUGGUUCUUUGGCAGCGCCUGUGUUGGUAGCGUCACAGGUGCUGCCUUCGCACACUUCCGCAUAGUCUUGAGUCGUCAAUUGUACAUGCUUUGUGGACCUAAGCUGCAAUGCUUGGCUUAUGUCGACAGAGCCCGAACUGCAGCGCAAAUCACGCCUGUAAAAAGCAUUGUGCGGGAAGGAGCAUACUUGCUUUGCGUUGAGAUGUUUGGUUGGUUCUUGU